AUGGUCGCGUUGUCCAAUGCGAACUCGAAGACCUCUGAUGUGGAAGCCAAUUCUACCCCCCAGAAUGCCUCAACAAUCAGAGACUUCCCCACCCCCAGGAAGACGAAGAAGUUCUGCAGGACUACUACGCCCAAAGACCUCCCGGAGAAUGCGGAGACCGACGGCAAGAUCACUGCGACCAAGCACCCGAACGUUGGCAAGACGAGGGGACUGCGUCUGGCGCCCUACGACCAUGAGAACCGCAAGUGGAAGACCGACUUCAAGAUGAAGACCGGGGAGGGGGAUAUAGAGGAAGGCCGACCGUACCGGGUCUCAGGGAGGGACAUCGAAACCAUCAUGCUCCCGAGCCAAUACAAGGAGUAUACGGACGUCCCAUCCACCAUGUACACCCGUGUGCACGGCCUCUUCCCCCACCCGGUGCUGACCUCGCGCUCGAGAGCCCACAACCACAUGCAAGACUGGGAAAAGGAAUUGAUCUUGAAGCAAGCCGUCUUUGUCGUCAUUACCAACGUGGAGCCGCACUACACUCAAUGUGCCAAGGCCCUCCGCAAAGAGCAUGGCAUCCAUGAGACUCGGGACGACCUAGAGGACCCAGAAGCACUGCUCCUCCAAGCCGCCUUCCCCCGCAUCGACCAGCCCAACUACCUUAUCUACGCAGGCCCCAACCUUUGGGAACUCGAGAUCAUCGUUGCGAGCUUUGGCCCUAAACCCAAAGACAAGCCGGAGGACAAGGAGCUGACGUUUGGCAUGCCAAGAGUAGAGUCUGAAUUGUGGUCAAGCCUGGCGUUGAAAUGCUUGCCACCGGCGACCUUGCUACUUGUGUGGUGA